AUGCCUUCCAUGCACGAGCGUAUCCGAGAUGAUCUCCUCAACUGUGAACGUGCCCUCUGGACCGCUCUCACCUCCGCCGACCCCGGACCAGCCAUUGAAAAGCUGUCGAGCCCCGAGGUCAACAUGAUGUUUCCCAAGACGCCUGUCCUCACCCUCGAGGGCGAGAACACCAUCAAAGAAGCCGUCAAACCACCGUUCCAUCGAUUCGAUACCUACUCCCUAGACGAAGUGCGGACCAUCAUCAUCGAUCUCAUGGCGGGCGUCGUCACAUACAAGAUCUCGGCAACCCGAGGCAGCAAAACCUACAAGGCGACCGGCUCCUCGACAUGGAGCCAAGGAUCGGAUGGAGAGUGGCGGAUUGCGUGUCACCAGGAGACGUUACUGUGA